CAGGAAGCAGCCGCGGCUUUGUUUGGAAAGGUGAGCAGAGGAGAGAGUGCUGUUGGUAGAGAUGUCACCCCCGGAGCCUCCUGGUCUGGGAAGCGCCGCACAAGUUUGCACUGCUUCCUAGAAGGGAGCUUUUGGAAGGCCCCAAAGAAAAUCGGGCUUUUCCGGGCUGCCUCAGAUGAAGAAAAUAACUGGACCCUGGAGAUCGUGAACCGAAAGGGGCCAUGAAGGGCUCGGAGCCGCCUCCACCUUUCCUCCUCCUCCUUCUCACCUGGCUCCCAGUAGGAUGCCUCUCUUUGCUGGUGACGGUGCAGGACACCGAACGCUAUGUCACUCUGUUUGCCUCCAUCGUCCUCAAGUGCGACUACACCACAUCUGCCCAGCUGCAGGAUGUGGUGGUCACCUGGCGCUUCAAGUCCUUCUGCAAGGACCCAAUCCUAGAUUACUACUCGGCAUCAUAUCAAGCAGCUUUAGCUCUGGGUCAGGACCCAUCCAAUGAUUGCAAUGACAGCCAAAGGACUGUCCGAAUUGUGGCCCAGAGGCGAGGACAGAAUGAACCAGUUUUGGGUGUGGAGUACCGCCAGCGCAAGAUUACUAUCCAGAACCGAGCAGAUCUUGUGAUUAAUGAGGUGAUGUGGUGGGAUCAUGGCGUUUAUUACUGUGCCAUUGAGGCUCCAGGGGACACUUCUGGAGAUCCAGAUAAGGAAGUGAAGCUCAUUGUUCUACACUGGCUAACAGUGAUUUUCAUCAUCCUUGGUGCCAUCUUCCUCAUCGUGCUAGUCAGUGUAUGCUGGUGCCAGUGUUGCCCCCAAUAUUGUUGCUGCUAUAUUCGCUGUCCUUGCUGUCCAACCCGGUGCUGCUGCCCUGAGGAAGCCCUGGCCCGGCACCGGUUUAUGAAGCAGGCUCGGGCACUAAUCCCCCAGAUGAUGGAAAAACCUCUCUACUGGGGUGCUGACAGAAGCUCCCAGGUUUCAUCUUACCAAAUGAACCCGCUGCUGCAGCGAGAUUUUUCUCCACCGGCCAGCUUCCCUCAGAUGCCAGUGCACCCAACACCAACUCACCCCCCUGCUGCCAAUGGAGUACUGGAGUACUUAGAGAAGGAGCUACAGAAAUUCAACCCUGCCCAGGCCCUCCCACCAACCCACAAAGCAAGAGUUGCUCGUCACUGCAGCAUGUUGUCCUCCCUGGGUUCAGAAAUCAUGGAACGCAGGAUUAUUCACCUCCCCCCCUUGGUCAGAGACUUUCCCUCCUCCCAGAGAACCAGUGAAUCAUCUCAGCAACAGUGGGGCUCCCAGUUUUCCAGGAGACCUUGGGCUCUGGAUGACAUGAAAGAGGAGAGAAGGCUGAAUUAUUACUCUGAUUUCCGUCGAGGGUCCUUGGAACCAUGGCCAAAAUCCAAAGCCUUGGAGCACAGGGGUCAAGAGAAAUAUAAGGGUGGAAGGCAUUGGACUUCCAGGGAGGAAGUCUCACCCACCUCCAGGCCAUACUCUGAUAGCCUGAGUGAUGAUGAGUCCUAUUCCCGGCAGGCACACUGGAGCUCCAACCACUCAACCCAACGUAAUCGAUCUCCAGGAAGGCAUUCUCGGCCAGCUCAGAGGGAAAGUGCCCUCAGACACGGUAGCCACCGGCACCGCAGCCAUUCCCCGCCAUCUUGCCAUAGCUCUUGGAGUUCAGAAGAAGAGAAGGAGCGGCAGUAUCGUCAAGGCCGGAAAUCCCACCGUCCUCCUCCACCUUCAAGCUGGACUGAAGAGAAGCCACCAAGCUAUCACUCUCUAGAAGUCAUUCCAGGCAAGAAUGUCAGGAAAAAAGGGAAUGUGGAAAGGCGCUCGUAUUCCAAAAAGAAGUCCUCACCAGACUGCCAAAAGGGUUUAUCACCAACAAAUAUGGUCCCCUGGCCUUCAAGAAAGGAGAGAGAAAGCUCCCAUAGUGGAAGGAGUGUCAUCAUUUAAUACCUGGGAUCUCCUUGGCUGUUCUGUCAUGAUAGAUGACAAUUAAUUUUCUGACUCAGAAGCCCUGGCGAUUCUGAACUCAUGUUUCUGGAUUGGACCUCAGGAACCAAGCUGAAGUGACAUGAUGGCGUGAACCUAUUUCAUUUGACCUUUGGCUUCUCUUUUCAUUCAUUCAAUAAGCAAAUAGGUGUCUCCUGGGUGCCAAUCAACAAGCAUUUAUUAAGCACCUGCUAUGCUUUACAAGCACAAUGCUAGGCAGUACAGAUACAAAGAUAAGUAUGAAUGGGGAUAUAGGUCUGACAAGAACUCAGUUUCAUGAGUCUUCAACUCAGUUAUAUGUAUCAGAACCAAAGCUCAGUCUCAGAACUCGGGAGUCUUGAAGCAGUUGAACACUCAAGAGGAACAAGAGAGAUGAAAUGGCCUGUGUGUGCCUCUGUAUAAAGCAGUUCUAAGGAAUGUUUUCUAAGGGGAGCAUUUAGUAUAAACUUAGUCUCCGACUGUUUCAUCCUUAGAUUUAUAGCCUCACAACUCAGCUCAUUCUAUUUUAGGGUCACAUCAAUUUAAAGGUGCUGCCUAAGGGAAAAUAAAAGGCUGUGAUGGUG